GCAAUUUACAUAAUUGAGUAUAAGCAAGAUAUUUUCAUUUGCAUUUUAUUUUUUCUAAUUGAUGUGUAGAACAGCAAAAAUUGGAUACUGUCCCUUUAAUAAAGCCCUGUUUACCUACCCUGUUCUAGUAGGAGUGGCUUAGGAACCUGUAGAGCGAGGUGUAACUUCCAAUUCUGCAUUCUGUCUGGCAGCCUUGGAAAGAGUGCUGAUACUACAAACCAGGAAGUGACAAAUAAUGUGCUUUAAAUUAUAAUAGAACUAGCCUUUUAUAAGGAAAAGCUUCUCAUAAUAAAACUAGAAGAUUGAAGCAGUGAUUCUACAUAGUUGUCAUUAAAUGUUUGGAACUCUGCUGCAGAUAAAGACUUCAAGCGUGCUUAGAAUACAAAGCUUUCUGGGCCAGACGCUGAUCUGACUUUUAAGCCUUAUCUGAUUACUGCUUGAUUGUCUUUAUUUUGUUCAAGUGCUCAUCAGGCUGAACGGGGGGGCCUCCCUCCCGCUGUUUGCAGAGCCUGACCAGACAGGAAUUCUGGCAGCUGCUCCAGCAGAACUAUGGCACUGAGCUAGGCCUAAAUGCUGAAGAGAUGGAGAACUUGUCCCUAUCGAUUGAGGAUAAUGUGCAGCCAAGAAGUCCAGGAAGAAGCAGCUUGGAUGACUGUGGAGAGAGAGAUGAAAAACUAUCCAAGUCAAUCAGUUUUACCCGUGAAUCAAUUAGUCGGGUUUCAGAAACAGAGUCAAUCGAUGGAAAUCCACCGAAAGGGGGAUUAGGGAAAGAGGAACCCCAAAGUGAAAAACAGACCAAGAGUCCUUCACUAACUUCAGAGAAGAGGUUAAGUAGAGUGCCGUCAAAAUCACUGGAUGUGAAUAAAAAUGAGUAUCUUUCUUUAGACAAAAGCAGCACUUCAGAUUCUUUUGAUGAAGAAAAUAUUCCUGAGAAAGAUCUUCGUGGAAGACUUUAUAUCAACCGUGUUUUUCAUAUCAGUGCUGAGAGGAUGUUUGAAUUGCUCUUCACCAGUUCACGUUUUAUGCAGAGAUUUUCCAAUUCUAGAAAUAUAAUAGAUGUAGUAUCUACCCCUUGGAAUGUAGAACCUGGAGGUGACCAACUGAGAACCAUGACCUACAAUAUAGUCCUUAAUAAUCCACUAACUGGAAAGUGCACCACUGCCACUGAAAAGCAGAGACUGUAUAAAGACAGCCGGGAAGCACAAUUUUAUUUGGUAGAUGCAGAAGUACUGACACAUGAUGUCCCCUACCAUGAUUACUUCUAUACCCUGAACAGAUACUGUAUCAUCCGAUCUUCAAAGCAGAAAUGCCGGCUGAGGGUUUCCACAGAUGUGAAAUACAAAAAACAACCGUGGGCCAUUGUCAAGUCUUUAAUUGAGAAGAAUACCUGGAGUUCAUUGGCGGACUAUUUCAAACAGCUUGAAUCAGAUUUGUUAAUGGAAGAAUCUAUGAUAAAUCAGUCCAUUGAAGACCCUGGGAAGCUUAGUGGCCUGCGAAGGAGAAGGCGAACAUUUAACAGAACAGCAGAAGCAGCUCCUAAACUUUCCUCUCAGCGUUCUUCUGGAGACAUGGGCUUAGAUGCCAAAGGGGAUAUUACAGGAAAGAAAAAGGAAAUUGAGAGCCAUAAUACCAUCCUUAUCGUGCUAAUGAGUAUUUUUUUGCUGUUGCUGGUUUUAUUGAAUGUGACGCUAUUUCUGAAGCUGUCAAAGAUAGAAUCCGCUGCUCAGUCCUUUUACCGCCUUCACCUCCGAGAAGAGAAAUCUUCAAAUUUGGCCUCCAAUAUGGUGUCAAGAACAGAAGAAAUUCGAAAGAGCACAGACCAGGCCCAUCAUUUAAAAGGAGUGCUCCGGGAGUCCAUUGUGAUGCUUGAACAGUUGAAGAGCUCACUCAUUAUGCUUCAGAGAACCUUUGAGCUACUAAAUAAGAACAAGACCGGCCUGGUUGUCGAAAGCUAGUGAUCUUAAGGACUGAAAUUGUAGGAAUACCUGGAACCAAAAGAAAACAUCUUGAAGAAAACCAGAGGAUGAAGGAUUUCAAUCGUCAUAGGAAUAUUUCUGUAUUUUCUCGUUAUUCAUAUUAAUAUGAACAUUCUUUUUAAUAACAUUUGAGAAUUAGUCUCUAAUGGCCUUAAGAAACCGUCCUUUCAUUAUACGUAAUUCUAAGCUGUGAAUUUCUCCAGUGAAGUGUGAGAUAUUUGGGGAUUUGAAUUUCUGCGAUACAAAAAGAAAAAGAGAUUCUGAACUGAGCAGUAUGGCCUCGUUUUCACAGUGAGGUUUGAAGUUUGAUGCUUUACGUUUAUCUGUUAGCACAGAACCAGUAUGCAUCCAAUAGGCUGCUCUCACAGUUGAGCUACAUUGGAGAGGAUAAAGAAGACAAUAUAAGAAGAAAUCUCUUAAAUCAUUACUAACUUUCAAGGAUCAGUUUUCAGGCAUAUAAUGUUCAGAGGUUUGUGUACUGUAAAUACUGCCGUGUCUUCAUUUAUGUAUCAUGCAAAUUCAGUAGUCAGACCCUUUGAAUCUGCAUGUUGAUUAUGAUCCGAAAGAUUCUUCAAGCCAUGUUGUAUCUCUCUGAAAGAAGUAAGUGUUUCUUCUUCCGUUAGCUAUCAAAGAUGAGAUUAUCUUGCCUCUUCAUACCUCAAAUGGCAGAAGAGUCAAUUCUGGAAAAGGGAACAUGUUGGAUACCAACUCUCAGAACAAAGAACCAUGCUCUGAGUUUUAGAAACCAGAAGAUUAUGUUAAAAUCUGGGCAUUUAGUGACAGAUCAAAUGAAUACUUGAACUAAGCUUGGCUUCAGCUUAGCAAACUUUCACAGUGGAAAUGAGCUAUCUGGUUGAAAAUAACUUGUGGAUUACUUUUAAGUAGCCACGUAAGGCUUUAUUUACUCAUUCAUGUGUGUGGCUUUAGUCAGUAAGUUAUAAGCCAGACACAAACAUUAGCACUUUAAUAAAGACUUUGAGGGGCAUCAUCUCCCAAUACAAGUGCACUGACGAGUUGUAAGUCAUACAUUAGCUUUCAUGAAAACUUUUUAGGCAUAUGUGUCUCAAGUCAAGUGAUGUUGCUGGAACAAGAGAAGGAGAAUGCAGAAUAAUUUGUAUAUAUUCUCACUGUUUGAAUAACAAUUGCCUUUAGUUAAAUAUUGCUUUUUUUGCCCAGAGUCACGCAAAGUACAUGGAUUGCUAAAGUCAUUUUUGAGAUGUGGGUAGAGAAUGAAAAUAUUGACUGGAUUAGAGGGAAAUGGGUUUCUCUAGGUGAAUCCCAAUUAACUCACCUUGGGGUGCCAGUGUACCUACCUGGAAGUUUUUUUGGUAAGGAUUUAUGAAGUGUGUGGCUGUGAGCAAGAGUGUUUGGACUGUCAACUUGAAAUCUUAUUCUCUGUUAAAUUCACAGAAAUGAUCAGUGACAAGUUGCAUGUUUUUGUGAUGUUUCUUUAAAACUUGUACUUCAUUAAAUACCUCAAAGAAAAUUACCAAAGUAAGUCGCUUUAUAAAUUAUGACUAAAUAUGUAUGCAGAAUUCAAUUAAUUGUAUUUGAGCCUAUGUAAAUUAGACAUCAAUAAAACUUAAAAUCUCUA